AUCCGGUUCCCCAAGGCGAAAUGCCUGUUCGUAUGAGAGCUUGGCACUACUGUGUAUCAGAUAGAAGAACUAGAAGUAAUAUUCCGGCUAGAACUAUGUUUGAAUUUGGAACACAGGAUGGCAGUGGUGCACCAUUAAAUAUUUCGCAAGGUCAAUGUAUUAUGAACAUUUCACUAGAUUGUCUCUAUUUUGAAGCGAAGCCUACUAUUCAAAACCCCAGAGAUUUUCUACCUGAUUCUAUUCCAAUUGACUUCUUCUAUGUUCAACAUGCAUUUAAAAUUGCAUUUAAA